GUCACCGACACAUCAUCGUUACGUUCCUGAGAACCUUCCAGGCGACCUAACGCGAUCACCGGCUGCUACGUCGAUCGACGGCCGCUUGACCACUCGUGUUCUCCUUACGCGGUGCGCCGAUGAGUUUCGCGUUGUUCAGCGCGCAGUCAGCAAGUUCGUCGUACUUCCCGCACAGGGAAAAGUGACACGCGGAAGUGCUCUUUGUGAACUCCGAAGGGACUUUGCUCGGGAUCGGGUGGAGCAAUCGAUCGAUCGAUCGGCGCGCCGAUAACUCGCCCUUGAAAGGCCAAGGUCUUCAUGAAGCUCUGGAGAACGUCGGUGCGCUUGACCGCGCGCUCCGAAGGAUUUGCGGAAUUGCGGGACACAUUGCUCCGAUAUUGAACACGCCUCUACCUGUUUAUUCGGAUCACGAGAUUCAGAGUUUUGCGGAUUGCACGAUAUUCUGCAAGAGAGUCCAAUGCUCGCGGUGGUUAAAGAAAAACGAUGACAGAAUGUCGAGUGUGGAGGAUAAUUUUACUCGUUGUUAUAUGGAAAACGACCGCAAACGCAAACAUGAACGUCGCGCAAAUCUAUUCACAUGACGAAAACAGGAAACCGUUCGAGCCGAACAAAUACAUUUAUUCCUGGACAGGGCCAAACGCGUUGGCCAGGUCGGCCUUGGUCGAGAGACAGGAAAGGCUGCAAUAUAAUUGCGAGUUUGAAAGUAGCGAGGUCGAUAUCGCCGCGUUAAAUCCAGAAUCAUUCAAGAAUAUUCUUGUGGAUGAUUUGCAUGAAUUGCUGUAUUGCUAUGUACCAAAGGUGGCGUGCACAAAUUGGAAACGCGUACUGAUGAUCGCGACCGGAAAAUGGACCGGUAACGAUCCUUUAGAAAUACCGGCCGAUCAAGCUCAUUCCCCCGGUACUUUUCAACGAUUGAGCAAUUACACUCUGCCGGAGAUAGAGAAGAAAUUAGCGACGUACGACAAGCUAAUUGUCGUGCGACAUCCUCUGGAAAGGCUUUUAUCAGCCUAUCGAAAUAAAUUAGAAACCAAACAUGAGAAAAGUGCUAGAUACUUCCAGAGCCGCUUCGGCAAAAAAAUCGUCAAGAAAUACAGGCAAAACGCGACCGAGGAGUCUUUAAGAAAUGGCGAUGACGUGACGUUUCGCGAGUUCGUCGACUUUGUCACCGACGACACCGAGAAUGGAACUCGGAACGAACAUUGGAGACCAAUAUACGAUUUAUGCCAACCGUGCAUAGUUAACUACAAUCUCAUAAGCAAGUACGAGAGCUUGGUCGAGGAUGCCACGGAAGUUCUCGAACGGAUAGGCGUCACAUCUGUGAAUUUUCCAGCCAGACCAGCAAGUAGCGAGCCGACAUCGAGAAAACUGGAUAGAUACUAUUCCACCCUGAGUUACAAACAGCUUCGUAAGCUGGUAGAUCUGUACAAAUUAGAUUUAAGGCUGUUCGACUAUUCGUUGGAAGAUGUGCUGGGAUUUUCCUUGGCAUAAGGCGCUCAUUAAUAUUAAGAAGCAGAUUUACGUGUUAUGACUAAACUGUCAUAUCACUCAAGUCUAUGUAAUAUGACCUUGUGUAUUAGGACAAAUUAUUGCAUUUUGUAAAUGCAAUAAUGUAAAUGUUUUAAAAUCCCAGAGUCGAACGGCAGACUUCUUUGUUGGACAUUAUAUUUUGUAUAGACACAGCCUCGUACUACCUCGUGUUACGCACACAACUGUCUUCUCAAAUUAAUGAUAUAUCAUUAAAACUUACGUAAAAAAAAUUAUAUGGCAUAUUCUCAGCUUUGACAUUUUAAAAUGUGUUUUUUAUUAUGUCAAAGCACUCUAGUGUUAUCAAUAUGAAUGAAAAAUCAAAACUAAUAUAUAUAAUAAGAUACAUAUAAAGUUGUGUUAAAUAUAAAUUUAAUAUGCAUAUAAAGUAUGUUAUUAAAAUAUAAAUCGUUUUAUAAAAUGUGGAAUAAGAAUCUUGAAUUUUUCAUUUUUUUAUUUCUUUUAAGUAUAAAAAGUUACAUUAUAUGAAAUUACUUAAAAUUAUUGCUAUUUAUAUUCAAUUAAAAUGCUUCAUUUAUCGUAAUACUUUUCGAUCGAAAUAUAUUCGUUCACACGCUUAUUCGCAGAUAUAUAUCUCGAAACUAUUUAUUUUUGAAGUUAUGGCGUUUUAAAUGUAUCUUUCAACAAUAAAAUAUGAAAUGCUUGCUCUUGUAUAA